UCGCUGCGUGCACGGUGCCCGCGAGGCCAGGCUCUGAGAAUAACUAGAAUUAAGAAGAAUGUAGCGGGAAAACCGAUUAUGAAUUCUACAGAAGAAUUCAUUCACAACGAAGCAAAUGGUACGGAGAGCGGAGGCCGUUUGGCGGAGAACAAACUUGAAGAUUUCAACUCAAGGACUAGUCCUCAAGUUGGCAGAGGCGUCGAGGGACUCGAGCAAGUUGAGACACAAUGCUCACAGUAUUGUUACUCAACUUUCUCCGGCGAUGCAAGUGAUGUGUUAAGUCUCCAAGACGCAUCCAGCUAUGCGAACGCCAAACACUCCCUCCAAACUGACGGCUUUUCUGUGACAUCCAUCCGUCCUCAGCAUCCUUUUCUCCCCUCGUUAUUCGGUGCCCGGGCGCAGACACUCGAUGCUGGUUACUCUCCCUCCACAGACACUUCAAGGACUUUCCCCGAAGCAUUUACCGAUUCGGGGCCACUGAACGCCUGCGCUGAAAUAUUCAAGGACAACGGGCCAAGAUUUCACCUCGCUAUUAAGGGCAACCAUACUUUUCAAAAUAUCGCAGAGAAGACACCCGACUCCAGUUAUGGCGGUAAAACAUUUGAAUGGAUGAAGGUUAAGAGAAAUCAAUCUAAGAUGGCUAAAAUGCAGAUGCCUUGUGGUGCAAGUUAUUUAGCAACGGAACACCAAAUGUCAAGCGGUUGUUACCAAAGCGACAACACCGUACACGACCAGCCUGCUAACGGAAUGCCGCGGACUAACUUCAGCACCAAACAGCUGACCGAGCUGGAGAAAGAGUUCCACUUCAACAAAUAUCUGACACGGGCCCGACGGGUGGAGAUCGCCAGCAGCCUGCAACUGAGUGAGACUCAGGUGAAAAUUUGGUUUCAGAACAGACGCAUGAAGCAGAAGAAACUGCAGCGCGAGGGCAUCGUCCCCGGACCCGGGCAUGUGUCUGCUCCAGAAAGGACAGCUCUCCAAACGCGUUAGCUAGUUUCCGCACCUCGAACCUUGCCAAUAUCACCUGCCGUCAGAGAAUGAAGGGGAGCUCAUCAAUGGAGUUGUGAGCGCUCGUGAUUCUCGACAGUGGUUUUGGAAAUACAGGGUUCGCAUGUGUCUGCGUGCAGGCACGUAAUUAAGUAGCCAUUUAUUGCAAAUGCACUUUAAAAUAUUUACAAAUAUGAUUUAGUUUAUUGUUAUUUAUUGUUUUUGGAGGUUUAUCAUCAGAGCUGUUGCCUUUCAAAGAAUCAAUUAUUUAUUGAUUUGUUAUAAUUUAAACGGAAAAUAUUUUGGAUCAAAAUGCACAUGGAACAGGCUACCAGGUGGACUGUGUACGUUUUGUUAUAUUUAUUUAUUGAUGGAAAUAAAUUGAGCUACAUUUGAUCGACCUA